UGUAGUUCAUAUCUUGAAUGAUAAAUUGUGCUUCUUUAUGACAAUUAAGUGUACUGAAUAUGUGUUUGUGUUGUUUGCAUUAAGGAUUAAUGUGUUAAAAAGGUUUUCUCAAUGUUUAUGCUGUGUCACAAGUUCAUUUCAAAACCAAUGACAUUAUAUGAACUCGAUGUGCGUUUUGGCCAUUUUACUUGGCUUGCGUUGGUGAUUCGUAUAUAGUCACGUGACCAAAGUGGAUUUCGGAUCAAUGGCGCCAAAUGACUUUUACAGAAAAUGUUUCACCUUAUUUGGGGAUGGAAACUAAAGUGUCACCAUGUGAAUGAUGUGACAUUCUACACCAUGCUACUACCGCGUUCAAAGUGUAAAGCCGUAAAAGGAUCGUGAACAUGUAGGUUGUCAAAAAAGUAAUCAAGAUGUCGUUGAGAGGCACAAAGCGGGCAUCUGGGAUGCGGGGGGAUGAGCCAAGCACAUCCAAGCGUCGGAGGGCAGAGCCUGAAGAUGCUCUUUGGCAGCUUCGGCCUGUCAGUGACCUCAAGAUGUCAUCUAUAUAUAAUCGAAGUGCCUCUGAGGCACCUGCUGAACUAUUCAGGAAGGACCUCAUCAGUGCGAUGAAACUUCCCGAUUCAGAACCACUUACACCAAGUGAGUACUGGGUCAUCACAGACACAUGGAAACAAGACUGGGAACGAGGGGUACAAGUCCCUGUUAAUCCUGAUUCACUACCAGCUCCGAAAGUCAAAAUCAUUGAUAAUCCAAUGCCUCCCAACUUUCAAGAGUUCAAAUUACCUAGAGAUAAAUACAUCCAUUUAACGCGCGAUGUUCACUACCAAUCAGAUCAACAUUUUCUCAGUUCAACUCCAGCAAGAGCCGAAGCAGCAUGCACAUAUGACUUAGAUUCCACAGAUACAGCAUGGCUCAAGCUGUUGAAUGCAGAACGAGCGCGAGCUGGUGCUCCUUCGGUCACAGAAGAUCAACUUGAGAAGGUUAUCGAAGAAUUAGAGGUUCGAACAUGGGAUAAAAUCCAAGCCAUCAUUAAAUCUGAAGAAGGAUUAGGCAUUGAGUAUGACGAGAAUGUUAUCUGCGACGUAUGCCGAUCUCCGGACUCUGAGGAUGGAAACGAAAUGGUGUUUUGUGAUUCCUGUAACAUUUGUGUGCACCAAGCAUGUUAUGGCAUAACUGUUAUUCCUGAUGGGCAGUGGUUGUGUCGACCUUGUGGAGCUGGUAUAAGACCAACUUGUGUAUUGUGUCCCAAUCUUGGCGGGGCGAUGAAAUGCACACCCUCUGGACACAAAUGGGCUCAUGUUAGUUGUGUACUUUGGAUUCCAGAAGUGUCUAUUGGUUGUGCAGAAAAAAUGGAACCCAUAACUAAAAUAACCUCUAUACCAGCAUCACGCUGGUCUUUGGUUUGUGUUUUGUGUCGCGAACGUAAAGGUGCUUGUAUUCAGUGCUCGGUGAAGACUUGUAAGACUGCUUAUCAUGUUACUUGUGCAUUUAAACAUGGAUUAGAAAUGCGUGCGAUAAUAGAAGAUGAAAAUGCUGAUGAUGGUGUGAAGUUACGUUCUUAUUGUCAAAAGCAUAGUGUGAAUUCCAAAAAAGAAAAAUGUCCUGGUUCUGGGUCAGAAGAAGAAGAAGUGAAGAGGAAGAGGCGAAAAGACAUGACAUCGGAGGAGAAGACGCAAGCGCGGGCGGCGCGUCUUCAAGAAAUAGAAGGAGAAUUCGAUCGCCACGUUACGGUGAAAGAUAUAAGUACACAUCUUUUGGAUAUUGAUCAAGAUGCUAUUCAUUACAUUUAUAAUUACUGGAAAUUGAAGAGAAGGGCUGGAUAUAACCGUCCUCUCUUACCACCAAAAUCAGAUGACCAUGAACUUUUAACUCAUAGGCAAGAGCAAGCAGAUCUUGAUAAAAUGAAAAUGUUUGUACAACUAAGGCAAGAUUUAGAAAGAGUGCGGAACUUAUGUUAUAUGGUCAGUCGAAGAGAAAAGCUUUCUCGUACAUUCUUUCGUAUGAGGGAACAAACGUUUCAUAAACAAAUAGCAGUAUUAACUGAAGAUCCAACAUUAUCAGGGCCUGAUCUUGCUGCUAUUUUACAGGCUAAUCAUGGCCCAUCAAUUUAUGACAGAUUAUAUUCACAUCCAAAUGCUCCAGAUCAUAAAAAUGACUUUGAUGAUUUACUUGCUCGUAUAGCUCCCCAGGACUCAAGUGAUGAUAAAAAGAAAGAUCGUAAUGGUCUUGUUCGAGGCUCUAAGUCAGCAAAUCCAUAUAAAAAGCAUUAUGUAAAUGGAUCACGUAGAAGUGGCAGCAUGUACAGUGGUUAUUCCAGUGAGGAAAGUGGGGGUGAUGUGAGUCGUUCAACUAAAUAUCGAGGCAAAGUUAUAGGUUCAACCACUGAAGAUGAUGUAAAAAAGUCUGGGUCAUCUCCAAAGAAGAAAGUUUCUCCGAAAGGAAAAGGAAAGAAAUCGCCUAAAAAGGUAGAAAGAAAGAAAAGGAAGGUACCACAAUCUAAAGCUGUUGUAGAAAGUAGCAGUGAAGAUGAUACGUUAAAAUCUAGAAUGAAGAAAGAUAGAUCACGUAGUAAGACUCUUCAGCAAAUGGAAAAAGAAAUGACAGCUGGUAAAACAGGUCAAUCUGGCACUGACAGUGAUGACUUAAUUCCCAUCAGAACUACUCGUAACAGUAAAUUUCCCAUGGAUAUUUAUUCGGACAGCAGUGAUGAGGUUUCAAUUAAAGAAGAAAUCAAACCUGGAAAGUCGACUAAAGCUAAAAAUGAGAAAUCUAAGUCAGAAAAAUCUAAAGCAGGUAAAUCUUGCAAUGAUAAUGAUUCACAGCAGCCAUUACCACGUACAAAAGCUGCGAUGAAGGAGUUCAUUCCAACACAACCUGAAAAGAAAACUGUUCCAGUGCCAGAAAAACCCGCGCCUAAAAAGAGGGGACGAAAACCUUCGAAUAAAGAGAAAAAGACUCCAGUUAAAACUAAACCAUCUGACGAUGAAGCAAAAAAUAAGGAAAACAUUAAAUUGGCUAAACAGAAAGAUAAUCCUACUGACUUAAUAGUGCCACAAAGACAGGCUGCUAAAAAGGCUUCGGAAAACAUGCGUUCAACUACUGCAGUCAAAAAAGAAGACACUACUACAGAUAAACAAGUCAGUGGUGAUGAUGCAAAAUCCAAACCUAAGUUGAAAUCAAAAGGAAAAGAAGUUAAGGAUAUUCCACGUAAAGUUGGCCGAAAAAAAUCUUCCAAAGAUCAAGAUAAAGAGCUUAUUGCUUAUGUUCCUCAGAGACAAGCUGCUAAAAAAGCAGCAGCGCACAUAAAGAGUGGCUUAGGUACUAAAGCUCCAGUUACUGAAACUAUUGAUACUGAUAAGAAGAAAGAUAUUGAAAAGGUAGAUACAAAAACUUCACCUAAAAAGGAUGAUCCUAAGAGGUCAAAAUCACCACAAAAAGAGAGUUCAAGUUCUUCAUCCAAUUCUAGUAGCAGUAGCUAUUCCUCAUCAUCUAGCUCAGAGGAAGAACAAGAAAAGCAUGAGAUUAAGCCUACUGCUAAAGCAAGAGAAAUAAAGCCUGCUCCUAGACAACCAUCUAUGUUUUCACCACCAGGCUCUAGACCGACAGUGGACUUGCCCUUUCUUGACAAGGUGUCAAGACCAUUGUCUUCAACAAGUGCCUCGAGUGAUACUGACAGUUCUAAAGCAUCAAGACUUUCUGAAUCAGGAAGUCCAUCUCCCAAACGUCCACGUAGACGACGUAAGAGAAAAAGUGUCUCUGUCGAUGCGUCCCUCCGCAAGGCCCCAGACAAGAAGCUUAAAACUUCCGAUCAGGGGUCCGAGUGCAGGGUACCAUCACCGGCUAUUGAAGGAGAGGAACCGAGUAGACCCAGCGACACGCGUGCUUCCACACGUGCUCGGACCAGAAGCACUACUUCAAGCGGAAAUAUGCCUCAUAAGUCUGAUGCCCGACAGAGAAAACCAUCUAAAGACGACACAGGGCAUGCCUCUGCACCAAAUAAAAUUUCCAAAGAGAGCAGCCAGCCCAUUGAACUUAAAACUACGAAGCGGAAAGAGGACGAGGAGAUAAAGAAAGAAACUGAUGUCAAUCUACCAAUUGAGGUUACCAACAAUGAUAUACAAGUAAUUAAGCCUAUAAAAACUAAGGGGCGAAGUGUCUCUAUUGAAGAAAAAGUAAAACCGAACUUAAGUGAAACUACUCCCUUAAAGAGGACAAGUCCAAGAAAGAGUACAGAAACAAAACAUAAAAUUGCUGUUCAAAGGAGAAUGAGUGUUAAAGAUGCUUCAAUUAAGGAAAUUUUGUCUCCUCCUAAAGAAACCUGUGCACAAGUACCAAAAGGACGAAAUUCUACCAGGCGAACAUCACAGGCAACAGAACUUGCUAAUGUUUCGCCUGUGAAGAAAGUAACUGAAUCCAUUGAUGCUGCACCUAUGGACAGUAUUGAAAACAAACCUGUGAUCGAGGAAGUCGACUUUCCGGACAAUGACAAAAAUUGGUUACCCAAGGCGCCUAGCCCAAAUGUCCACCCACCGCCUGUGGAAAAACCGGGAGACCAUGAAAAAUAUAUGACUGAAGAUAAAUCAUUGGAUUCGGAUUGUACAGAUAAAAGUAGUAUAAAAAUGAUUGCUAAAAUACAAGCAAAUCUUAAUGAAAAUACGAUGAUAAAAUCACCUAAGACUCCAAUGGAUGCAAGAACUAUUGACCCUAUGGAUGUUGACGCUAUUACCCGUAAUGUAAGGAAACGUUCUAUCAUUGACAUAGAGAAGAAAUUUAUAACACAAGAUUCAAGCCAUGUUCAGGGUGUCGAAAUAUCCAAAAGUGCUAAAAUACCUUCCACCACCAAUCCAUUUCCGAACAGGUCGGUAUUUUCUCCAAAUAAAGAUACAGAAUUAUUUGAGUUUGAUAAUAUGUUAGCUGUUGAUGAUGGAUUCAACCAUGAGGAAAUCAUGAAACCAUUCACAUCAUAUUGUGAUGAUUUCUUUUUCAAAGAGGAUUCUAAAGAACAAGGUGUCCAAGAAACAUUAAAUCUAGUUGAUAGACUAAGAAUGCAACUCAACACCAAAAAACAACCUAUUGAAAAUUCUGCUCAGGAUGAUGCAGCAAUGAAUGAUAAAGUACAAGGAGAUGAAGAUGUUCCCAUUACUCUCAAUGUUGAAAAAAGUGAGCAAGAUGUUUUAGGAUCGAAAAGUCCAGUUUUAAAUGUAGAGGAUGAAAAGGAAUGUCCAAGUGAUAUUCAAACAACAAAUCAUUUUUCCGAUACCUCAGAGUGCCUUGAUGUAACUCAAGAUGCGGUUUCAGAUAACAAAGAAGCCACAAUACCCACAAAUAGCAAAGAAAAAUGGGUUGAUUUAACACAAAAUGACUCUCCGUUAGCGCUGACUGACGAGGUAAAAUAUGGUCUAACUGAAGAUGUGAAGGAUCUAGCAACUGUCCAAUCAAUAAAGUCUGUGUCAGAAAUAGGAGACACUAUAUCUCUGUCAAAACAGAGUGAUGAUUCACAGUCUUUGUCAGUUGUAGAUCAUUCAAUGCACAGCAAUGAUCAAGAGCUAACUCAAGAUAAUCAAACUUACGACAAUAACAAUUCAAUGAUACAUUCGGACUGUGCAACAAUAUCGUCGCCAUAUAUAGGUCGUGGAGAAAGUAAAAUUACAACAAGAAGAUCAUCAGCCUCUAGUACAAAUUCCGAAGGCUCAAUUUGUUCUCAGAAAACAGACGUAAAAUCUCAUCUUAAUUGUGAAUCUCUACAAGGAACUUUAAUACCAGAGAUUGAUGCAUAUCCAUUACCAGCUUAUUCUUGUCGUGUUGAACCUACAAUGCCAUUAAAUCAAUAUACUACUUACCCACCGGAUAGUUCACCAUUUUUGAGUACAAUGGCAACAUUGCCUUUAUUCGGACCAGGGCCUUGCGCUUCAUCACAAUUAACUUUACCGUCGCCAGCGUCUGGAAUUUACGGCUCUGGUUUACCCUAUUCAGCGAGUCCUCUAAUACCACCAUUAACAAAACCAGCAUUCACCUGUGCUGCUUUCACUUCUUCAUCGCAAAACAUAGCAUUGACAACAGCUAUGAUAGCAUCGCCAAUUCCUAAACCACUCGAUUCUCCGCGAGAUGAUGUUGACAUAAGCGGGAGCGAUAAAUUAUCUAUACACGUCGCUUCAAGUCCUAGUAUUAGCGUGGAUUCAUAUAAUGAGUCAAGUAACACCAGAGCGCUAAAUAAAUUGUCGAAUGAUAGCGAUGAAACUGUAAUGAGUCUGACAUCACUGGAUACAAAAUCCUCUCCAAAGCCAACAACAAAGUCUACUAAAUUUUCGAGUAAAUCACCCGGUAAAAGCCCUGGUAUAUCUCCUCGACAAAGUGAUACGUCCAAGGGUACAAAACGGUCCAAUAAUAAGAACAAUAGAAGUCAAAGAGGUAGAGGCAGAUCAAAGAGCCGUGGCCAAGGUAAUCAAUCUGGGGAAUUUUCUGGUAACUCAAUUCAAAGUAAACUAGUUGGCACUGUAUAUGAUUUCAAUGAGGAAAUGGCUAAUGAUGGAGUUGAUCUUAAAGCAUUAAGGGAAAGAUGCAAAUCUUUAGACACGAAAGAUGACAGAAAAUCAGAACAUUCUUAUAAGGAUUCUUCCCAAUCUCCUCGUGCGGUAAGCCCUCACGCAGUGAAUAAGAAAUCUACGCCAGAGCAAAAAGAAAUUAAACCCUCUACACCUGAAACAACAGAGGAUCCACAAUCUCCUCUUGGUAAAAAUAAUGCAGAUAGAGGACCGGGUUUCACACAGGUACAACCAGUCCUGCCAGGACCUGUUGAUAUGCGUACCUAUAAUCCCUUUGACAAUCCCGCUCCUACAACAGGUGAUGCAUAUCACAGUCACUUGUUGGCCUUUGCUAGUGGGACAGCUGACCAACAUUUGGUUGAUUUUGAUGAAGAAAUGGAGAAAAAGCUACACUCAGCACUUAUGGCUAGCAAACCAAAACCUGGAACUCCAGCGGCGGCAGCAGCAGCACAAGAGAUUGUUGAGCCUCCAAAAGAGACUUUCAUACCACACUUACCAAAAGUAUCAUUGAGUGACUCAAGAAACCAAUUGAAAGUAAAGAUUAAAGGCCCAUUCCUGGAUGCUAACUAUUCCACUAGUUCAGUGCAACGCGUAGCACCACAACCUCCGCCACCAGCACAUGAUUCAAAUACGACCGUUUUUAAUAUAUCCAACAGUACUACAAGUUUCAUGACCGGAUCGACCAACCUAAGACGUAUGCGAAAGAAGGAGUUGUUACGUCAAUAUUGGACUCAAGACAUGAACAUGGACGACCCAACAAAUAUAUCAAAUGUGGGAAUCGCUCCGCCGCCCGCCGCUCCUCAGCCUAUGCUUCGUGCUGUCAUUACAAUACCAAAAGCAGUAGCUUCUAUGACCAGCAUUCCUACAAGAGAAGACUACAAAAUUAUCGAUACGCCAGUUGAAAAGAAAAAGCGAAAGACUACUAGUGGACUUUCGCGAGAACUUAGGCAUUUAGAAGUCAGCAUGAAUGAUGACGCUGACCCAUCUGAUGAUGUCAAACUAUCUAAUUUCGCUGGUAGUUCAGCCCAGGCGCAUAAGAGACGCGGGCGAGUUUCUACCAAACCUAACCAGACCAGCACUACACCUCCUGCUGCGCCCAAAUUAAAAAUAAAAUUUGGAUCAAACAUUGUGCCGCAAGUGAACGAGGAACCAUCUGGAAUUCAGUUUAGGCCGCCGAAAAAACGAUUACAGAGUAUACCUAAACCAAGCUUGGAAGAUUUAAAGCGUGAAAGUAUGAAAUAUCGACGAUUGGUAAUGGCCAAUUUCGAGGAAGAUGAGAAGGCCAGUACACAUAAACACAAACCUAGCAAAACGGAAAAACGUAAAAAGAAGAAGGAUAAAAAAUCUGGAAAAGAAAAACUACAAGUCAUAAAUACGGAAAGUGAAAGUGCUACUAAGUUGAUAAUAAAAAAAAUUAAAAUUAAAUGUCCGAAACCGGCAAAAGGGAAGCCCGUUACCUCUGAAGGAGGUUCGAUAGCGGGCGCUGUGGCAGCAGCGCCUGAGCCGCCGGUCGAUCCCCUCGACUACGACCCCACAAAACCGGACCCACUGGCUUUUGACUCACCGUUGAGCUCGGAGUGCGCUUCUACGUUACGUAGAAUAAGGACAGACAAGGUGACACCUAUUCGAUUAAAACGCAGUCCGCAAGGUUCAGGUUACGUGAUGGAGGCGGGCGCGGACCUGGCGCAGACAUCUGCGUCGUUGGCGUCGACCGCCUCAUCGGCCUCGACGGCCUCAACGUCCGCGUCCGUGUCGUUCGCCGUGAAUAAACAUUGUGAAGUGAGGUGAUAUAAACCGCGCAAACGGCGUUAAAAACUUUCAAAAUUAAUAUUGAACAUUGUUGUACAGUAAUAUUAAUUGGUAGUUGUAAAUAACUUUUGGGCCGGUUUCUCAAUCGUCAAAAUAAUCUUUAACUGAGCAAUAAAUUUCAUGUUAUGACAAGUUAUAUAAAAAAAUCUGUCAUAUUUAUUGCUUACGCAGGCUAUGUAACGAUUGAAAAAUUAUCCCUUGAAUUAAUAAUAUUUCUUUUGAUUCUUGAUGUAGUUUAUUACAUUAUUUAUUUGUAUAAAU